GCCCCGCUGUCAGCGCACCUGCGGCUGCCGCAGAGCCGGGUCGGCACGGCGCAGAGCGGCGGCAGGGCCAUGGGCACCACGGCGGGGCAGCAGCUUCGAGCUCUCUUCUACGUGCUGUCGCCCGGCGAGAGCUCCUUCCGCACGCUGGAGGAGGUGCCCGACUACGUAGAGAAGAGCAUUCCAUUCUUCAUUGCUUUUAUUGUGUUAGAGUUUGCUGUCAGCUGGGUUCAGCAGCAUAAACUGCCAGGUCGGAUCAACGAUGGCAUAAGUUCUCUUUCAUUGGGUAUCCUGUCUCGACUUCCAGAUGUUUUAUUCAGAAGUGUUGACCUAGUUAGUUAUAUCUAUGUAUGGAAUAACUACAAACUCUUUGAACUGCCCUGGGACUCACCAUGGACAUGGUAUUUGACGUUUCUGGGAGUGGACUUUGCAUACUAUUGGUUUCAUCGCAUCAGUCAUGAGGUUAAUAUACUGUGGGCAGCGCACCAGGUACAUCAUAGUUCUGAAGAUUACAACUUGUUCACAGCCCUGAGACAAUCCUUUCUGCAGAGAUACACCUCCUGGAUGUUCAACUUACCCAUGGCUCUUUUCAUUCCACCAUCAGUGUUUGCUGUUCAUCUGCAAUUUAAUCUACUUUACCAGUUUUGGAUACAUACAGAGGUUGUCACCAACAUUGGUCCAUUGGAGUGGAUUCUUAAUACGCCUAGUCAUCACAGAGUUCAUCAUGGUAGAAAUCCUUACUGCAUUGACAAAAAUUAUGGUGGCACACUCAUUAUCUGGGACAGGAUAUUUGGAACAUUUGAGGCAGAAGAUGCUAAAGUUGUAUAUGGCUUAACACAUCCAGUAAAUUCAUUUGAACCCAUCCUGCUCCAGUUACGUCCCUUGGCUCAUAUUUGGAAUACAUUUUGGGCCACACCUGGAUUCUGGAAUAAGCUUUCUGUCAUAUUCAAAGGGCCAGGCUGGGGACCAGGCAAACCUAGACUUGGCCUUCCUGAGGAAAUCCCAGUGGUCACUGGAAAUGAAGUUCCCUUCAAUCCAAGUGUACCAGCUUAUCUUAACUGCUAUGCAGUGGUACAUUUUGCUGUAAUAAUGGAGUUGUAUAUUGAUCUUCUUGCUACUGUGACUACAUUAUCACAGGAAAAUAUUCUACUGAGAAUUGGCAUUAUCAUUCUAUCCCUGACCUCUUUUGGAUUUCUUAUGGAGAAUAGACCCAAAGCAAGAAUUUUGGAAAUCAUCCGCUGCUCAGUCUUCUUAGGAGUAUACAAACUUGGCUACUUAAGAAAUCAACUUUCUUUGUUGGACUACGCAUAUGAAGAAAAAAGGCAUAGACGUUUGAAGAACUUUUUAGAUCGUAUGAGAAUUCUUUCUGGGAUGGAAUUCACUGAACACUUUGACGAUAGAGAUAUAUUUGACUGGAUGUAG